AUGAGUCUGAUGCGCACUUCGACUGCGACGCGUACCUCAAGUGAAGUCCCGCUACAGCGUCUUGAUGGGGAUGAUGAAGUUGAAGGCAGAGAGUUGGUUCUGCGCGGCGGAAAGCUAUCGCCUCGCUCAUCACCAGCGUUCGAUCCAUCAGAAAGACGACAGCGUCAGCCUAUUCAUCCUAUACCUGUAUCCUCUGCGCGUGUAGAUCAGAAGGACGGUCCUCAACGUGUGAUAGGUGGUAACGCCAACGUCCAGAAUUCCACAAACGCAAAGGCUGGUUCUCAGACACUCGAAAAUCCCUCCGCCACCAACUUUCUUACGAACAGCGCGCCAAUCUACAAUCAAAAUGUGAACAGCGGAUCCGGCCAGCAGAACAUUAAAGUCAUUGGCGAUUUCGAGGUUCCGUCGUCUUAUACUCCUACUGCCGCACCACCCGAGUAUGAGAUCCCUUUCGAAUCUGAGCACAAUGAGAAACGAGGCAGCGGACUGCAGAAGUCUAAUGUUUCGAAUGGCAUCAAGAACAAGACGGCUGGUGAUGACAGACCUAAUGGUUACAGUCAGACCUUGAGAGACCCACAUGGUCGUACGCAUUUGCGAACGAUGGCGCCAGUUUACAAUCAAAAUGUGAACAGUGGAAGCGGACAGCAGAAUAUAAACGUCAAAGGGAGGAUGGGCUUCCAAAAGAAAGGCUCCCAAGAGCCGUCUACUCAAGGUUUAGAUCGCCGCGAAUCUAGACCUGCUUGCCUAUCUGGACAGACGUCGCCGCCUAGCUAUCGGUCUCGCUCGCCUGAUCGGUUCGCUCCGCAUAGUCGGAGAAGCUUUGUGGCAUCUAGGCCAUAUUCUCCGAAUCGGUAUCGCGACAGGCGUGAACCCGAUUAUGAUGAAAGACGCGGCCACGUUCGUUCAAGAGACCAUCGAUCCCGCUCGCCUGCUCGGAUCGCUCCGCGCAACCGAAAUGAAUCUGUAGUAUCGAGGCCACACUCUCCGCGUCGUUACAACCCCACGCGCGACCGUGAAUACGCUGAAAGGCACGGUUCCAGGGGCGACAACUAUGGUGAUAGGUAUAGCUCUAGGCACGAUGACGACUACGAUGACGGCUACGAUGAUGACUAUGGUUCAAGGCGUGACGACGGCCAUGACGACAGGUACGGCCGCGGCCGUUCCGCAUCUGAUGAAGAUUCAUAUGGUUCAUACUACAGCCCACACUACAACCCACACUACAGCUCAGACUAUUCCCCGUACUAA